AUGUCUUUAAUCUCAAAGCUAUGGAAGCUUGACCCGUUCGAAUGUGCCAGUGGCUACCUGGGUAAUCUGCCUGGCAAUGAAUUGUACCUUCACAACUUCAUCGACGGUCAGUUCUCAGAGCAGCAUCCCCCGGAAAAGUGGCUUGACUCCCACAACCCCGGACCGGCGAGAUACUGGCCAAGACACCUCAGAGUGGUGAAUCGCGCAGUCGAGGCCGCUUCAAGGGUAUUCCCAUUAUGGUCAAAAUCUUCACGACAGGAGAGAUCAGAUGUGCUACUUCGGAUCGCGUCAAUCAUACAAGAGAAGAGAGAUACAUUUGCCGUGUGGGAAAGUCUUGAUCAAGGGAAAACACUCCUUCGGGCCAGGGUGGAAGUGGAUCGUGCUAUCUCGAAUUUCCGAUAUUUCGCUACCUACAUCCUCCACGAGGAAGGCUCAGUCCGCUUUGUUGAUGGUCAACCUUCUACUUUAACUUACGAGCAUCGGUCGCCCGUCGGGGUCUUCGCACUUAUCUCACCAUGGAACAUGCCCCUGUACCUCCUCACAUGGAAGAUUGCUCCCUGUAUCGCCUUUGGCUGUACAGGUGUCGCAAAGCCUAGCGAAGUGACUAGCAUUACUUCCUAUUUGCUUGGUGAGGUAUUCCGACAAGCAAAGCUUCCACCGGGAGUGAUGAACAUCAUCUUCGGUGAUGGCCCAGGAACCGGAUCUGCGCUGGUGAAGUCCCCUCGGGUGCGCGGUGUCUCAUUUACUGGUGGGACGAAGACAGGCAUUCGUAUCCGCCAAGACACUGUAGAAGAUAUCGGCAAGCAUCUAUCUCUAGAGCUAGGAGGAAAGAAUCCAACUCUGAUAUUUGACGACGUGGAUUUUGCUGAAGCCGUACCACUUGCGGCAACCGCAGCAUUCGAAAAUAACGGACAGAUAUGCCUAUGUGGAUCACGAAUCUACGUCCAUGCAGAUAUCUACGAAAGAUUCUGCUCGGAGUUUGUGGAAUAUGUGCAGAAGCAUUAUCGAUGCGGCGACACAGUUGGCCCGGUUGUCUCCAAGGUGCACUAUGACAAAAUCCGCACAUAUCUCUUACAAGCGCAGACGGAGAAUGUGACUUUUCUCUUAAGUGAAGUUCCCACGAAGACUUCCGGGAAUGGAUAUUGGAUCACGCCAACAGUGUUAAGUAAUGUGGAUGACCAGAGCAUCAUCCAGCGCGAGGAGAUUUUCGGACCGGUUGUUACCAUCUCCGUAUUUGGCACCGAAGAAGAAGCGAUUGAACUGGCGAAUGAUAAUCCGAAUGGUCUUGCGAGCAUUCUCCUCACGAAAGACGUAUCGCGGAUGCGCCGCGUCGCGGAACGGAUCGAUGCCGGAUUGGUGUGGGUCAAUUGCUGGUUAGUCCGAGAGCUGGGUACGGCAUUUGGAGGUAUGAAGGCAUCUGGAACUGGUCGGGAAGGAGGCGCUCAUAGCCGUGAUGUUUUUACCAAUUUGCGUACGAUUCAUGUCCGUUAA